UUUUUACCUUAGCGCCUCAUCCGGCGCUCGCUCGUGAAAGGCUGAGGGAAGCCAGGCCGGGCUGGGUAGGCCUCGCGCGGGGCUAAAACUGCUGCGUAUUUAUAUAUGCAGUGCAUCUUUUUGAGCUCCCGAUACAUAACUUUGUUGAAUUUCUUCGGCCAGAAGCUAUCAUGCAAGCGAAAAGUUUCUAUCAAGAGUCUACUUGAAUGUAGGGAAGUGCUUGAUGGUUGACAAACAAAUUCCCACACAAGGUAGACCUAAAGCCAAGUAAGCUUUCAAUGCAAAUUAGAAGAGCUUGCAACUAAUUCUGGAGCUGUAAGCAUUGGCUUUAUGUGAUCAUGACAUUUCCUUGUGUUAGGAUGCUGCCCAUUUCUGGGUAGGACCUUAUUUCAAGUGCUGAAUAUUCCUUUUUUAAAAUGAAGCUUUAGUGAUAAGGAGCUUGCAAGUUUGAGUUUAAUUUUGUGAAGUUGUCCAUCAAGAUAUAGCUGUAGACGCUCCUGCUCUGUGGUCAUUGGGAGAUCCCUCGGAACCACAGGGAGCCCCUCAGAAGGCAGCCAUGGAGAAAAUGGCUAGGGUGACCACUGCCCUUGGAGGCAAUACCAUCACUGGACGGACCAUGUUCUGCCACCUGGAUGCCCCUGCCAAUGCCAUUAGUGUAUGUCGUGAUGCUGCCCAGGUAGUGGUAGCUGGGCGUAACAUCUUUAAGAUCUACUCUAUAGAAGAAGACCAAUUUGUGGAGAAGCUGAACUUGCGUGUUGGCCGCAAGCCAUCCCUGAACUUCAGCUGUGCUGACGUGGUGUGGCACCAGAUGGAUGAGAACUUGUUGGCCACAGCAGCCACCAAUGGCGUCGUCGUGACCUGGAACCUCGGCAAACCAUCCCGUAACAAGCAAGACCAGCUCUUCACUGAGCACAAACGAACAGUUAACAAGGUGUGCUUCCAUCCCACGGAGGUGUACAUGCUUCUCAGUGGCUCCCAGGAUGGCUACAUGAAAUGCUUUGACCUGCGCAAGAAAGAUUCUGUUAGCACAUUCUCAGGUCAAUCAGAAAGUGUGCGUGACGUCCAGUUUAGUAUACGUGAUUACUUUACCUUUGCUGCAACCUUUGAGAAUGGAAAUGUUCAGCUGUGGGACAUCCGCCGGCCUGACCGCUACGAGAGGAUGUUCACAGCCCAUAAUGGGCCCGUAUUCUGUUGUGAUUGGCACCCAGAAGACAGGGGCUGGUUGGCCACAGGGGGCCGAGAUAAGAUGGUAAAGGUCUGGGACAUGAACACCAACCGGGCCAAAGAGAUAUACUGUGUGCAGACAAUAGCCUCUGUGGCAAGGGUCAAGUGGCGGCCUGAAUGCAAACACCACAUUGCCACAUGCUCCAUGAUGGUGGACCACAACAUCUAUGUGUGGGAUGUACGCCGGCCUUUCAUCCCCUCUGCCAUGUUUGAGGAACACAAAGAUGUCACCACAGGGAUUGUGUGGCGUCAUCUCCACGAUCCUUACUUCCUCCUCUCUGGCUCUAAGGACAGCACUCUUUACCAGCAUAUCUUCAAGGAUGCCAUCCAGCCUAUUGACCGGGCUAACCCUGAGGGGCUUUGUUACAGCCUCUUUGGGGACCUGGCAUUUGCUGCCAAGGAGAGCCUCAUCUCCUCUGAUUCUAAUCGUAAGCGUGAUCGGCGCCAUCCUAUCUUCUUCAAGCGCAAGCUAGACCCCACAGAACAGUUUGAGUUCAUCUCCUCUUCCAGUGCCCUGAGUGUAUUUGAAGCAGACACAGAGUGCGAUGCUGGUAGCAUGGACUGGUUUGUGCGGACCGCCAAGCAGUAUGUGCUGACAGGGAGACCACUGGCAGAGCUGUGUGACCAUAAUGCCAAAGUAGCCAAAGAGCUCAAGCGCAACCAAGUUGCUCAGACGUGGACCAUGCUCCGAAAUAUUUACUCUAGCCCUAGCACUGUGCCCUCUUCAAACCUUAAUCACAGCAUUGGGAAGAGUAGUUCCAGCCUUCCACUCAUGAACAGCUUUAACUUGAAAGAUAUUCCUUCUGGGAUAGGCAGUGAAUCAAGGAUGGAGAGGAGCAAGGGAGAAAACCGACCUGAGAACAUCCUCAUGGAUUCUUCCUCCACACUGAUCAAUAACGAUGAGAACGAAGAGACUGAAGGCAGUGAUGUCCCUGCAGAUUAUCUCCUUGGGGAUGUGGAAGGAGAUGAAGAUGACCUAUACAUGAUAGACCAUGAGAAUCCUCACACUGAGGAGCAAGAGUACAUCCUUCCCCAGGAGGCCUUUCCUUUGCGUCAUGAGAUUGUGGACAAUCCCUCUGCACUGGAUCACUUACAAGACAAAGCAGACUCCCCACAUGUCAGUGGCAAUGAGGCAGAGACUGUGUCGCUGACACCUGUGGAAUCUUUCUCCUUGAUCUCCAUCUCUCACUCUCUGUAUGAUAACCGUCUGCCUGCUGACUUCUUCAGCCCCAUUGUCCGUGACAUGUUGCUCUUCUAUGCUGAGCAGGGGGACGUGCAGAUGGCGGUGUCUGUACUUAUCGUGUUGGGGGAUCGUAUCCGGAAGGAGAUUGAUGACCAGGCACAGGAACACUGGUACACUUCGUACAUUGACUUGCUGCAGCGCUUCCAGCUGUGGAACAUCUCCAAUGAGGUGAUCAAACUGAGCACGUGCAGAGCCAUCAACUGCCUCAACCAGGCCUCAACCACACUGCACAUCAACUGCAGCAAUUGCAAAAGACCCAUGAGCAACAAAGGCUGGAUUUGUGACAGAUGUCGGCAGUGUGCCAGCAUGUGCGCUGUGUGCCACCACGUAGUGAAGGGUCUGUUCGUGUGGUGCCAGGGCUGCAGUCAUGGUGGCCACCUGCAGCACAUCAUGAAAUGGCUGGAGACCAGUUCUCAUUGCCCUGCAGGCUGUGGUCACCUCUGUGAAUACACCUGAACCUAAUGGGAGUCUUUGUCCGCUGGAAAACAAAACCUUGACGCACUGGCUGCUUAGAACUGGCACUGAGCUCUGUUUGUGGGAGGCAUUAGAGACAUAGUUGCACAAGAGAACUUAGUGAGUAGGAUACUGUGAAGAGAAGGUGACCUUCAUUACUUCACAAAAAGCAGUGAAACUUUAAACGCUCAGGCGAUUCUUCUUGAAAGCUUCUGGUCACUUAACAUCCUCCCCCUUUUUUACUGCUGCAUAAUUAUUAUUAUUUUGUUAUCACGAUUCUGCACAAACCUACUUCUUAAUGAGCCAAGAUGGCACCAUGAGACACUUUUGAGUUUCAUUCCACUUUUUAUACUGAAUUAAAUGAACACAGUGAACUUUACUGCUUGCUGCUUUCUAUAGAGUUCCCGAAUCCUUUUGCAUAAAUGCUCCUAAAAUUAGUGAGCUAUGGCACAGCAUCUGAAUUCCUCCCUCAAAGAGGAAAUCUCUUUCCAGGAUAUGUGUUCAGGAUAUGUAUUAAGCAACAUUUAAAUUUCCUGCUCCCGGAUGCAGAACACAAACCACUGGCCAGCAAGGGAAUACCAUACUGGUUACCACUUUUAGAACUUUGUGGCAAAUUGCAGACUGAUAAAAUGCUUUACAAGAACUGGAGUUCUCUAAUGAUCAUCUUAAUGAGCUUCUCCAAGUCAGGGAACAAAUGGUUAUGGCUAUUACUUAGAAGUAAGUCCCAUGAUGUUCAGUGGAGUUUACUCCCAGUGCAUUAGCAACAUAAGGCAAAUUAGAAUUACUGCAGAUAAUAUCUAACAAGUGUCAAGUCAAACAAUAUUGUUGUUUUUCCCCUGGUCUUUGGUACUGCUAUUCUUUCCAUUUAAUCUGAAACAUCAGCCUUCCAUGCUACAGCAUGGCAUAGUUGGUCAAGUUCAGUUUAUUGAUCCAAAUGAUCCCUAAAUCUUGGUGCUGCUUGCCUGGCCAGUUAUUCCUACCUUACGCCCAUGCUGCUGCUCUAAGCUUUAUAUCUCAUACCAUGGAGAUGUAAAAGGAGAUGUAAAAACAAUCAUCUGUUGACGAGUUGAAAAAUUAAAUAUGGAUUAGGUCAGAAGCAGCCAGCAUUCAUACCAUCUGCGAAAGAACUGUUUCAAUGUUUAAUAUAAUGUGCUGCCAUUUUAUUUAAAUGGUUUUUAAUUUCUCAGGAUAUAAAUUAGGACAAUCAUGAACAGAUUAUAUUCUGGUUCACGCUCAGUUUGAGAUGUUUAAAUUGUGGCCCACUGUGAGUCAAAAGCUGUCUACGCAUCAAUUAAAUUUAUUUUAAAUUGCGUGGGAAAGGGUAUCCAAACCUCAGAUGCUGCGGUCGACUGUGAGUAGGACCACUUUGCUUCAGAGGACAGCCAAGAUUCUAGAACCUGGUCAUGUCAAGGGUCUCAUUAUGGGAGGGAUUCUGGAACCUCUGAACCAAUCACACCCUUUUUCCAAGAGGAGGGUUAAGUGGAAGGCCUGGCAGCUCUUUG